AUGGCGUUUACCGAGUUUUACAACGUUUUUGGUAAUUUGGAACUGAUGGUGAUGAGUCUCGUGGAAACGAUAGUUCACGCCAUGACAUUUUCGAUAGUGUGGCUGAUACACUCCAAUAAUUUACUGAAGAUCGUAAUUGAUGAAAUGAAAAAGGAUAUAGCAGAACACAAGUUUGAGAAUUCUGAGGAAGAAAUAAUUUACUACAACUACAAUCGCAUAUCUAAAAUAUUCACAUAUGGUUCAAACGUUGGCAUGCUCGUCACAACCUUAUUACUUUAUUUUAGACCGCUUAUGUACCUCGCAAUUACUAAUCAAGCUAUUUGUCAUAUGGCAGCGAUAUGUCUGGUGAUUGUCUUAGUGUUUCAUAUUUGCGGCGAAUUAGCCAUUUUGUCAUAUCGUAUCAGACAUGUUGAAGAAAACUCGCAAAUCAUGUUAGUACACAGAUUUCGUAAUAUCGUUCGAAUGCAUCUCAAGAUAAUACGGUAA